AGAGUACCAAGUUCUCUUGGGGGCGCUACAGAAAAAUUACACAAAUUCUAAAAAUAAAUAACAAAUAAUUUCUAAUCUCUGUGUUACAAAAGUAGAAAUUUUACACAACUUAUAAAUAUGCCAGCUAUAGAAGAUACUCUUUUCCAGUUGAAGUUUACUUCCAAGCAAUUGGAAAGAUUUUCAAGAAAAGCUGAAAAGGAGCAAAAAGCUCAACAAGCGAAAGUUAAAAAGGCUAUAGAGCAAAGGAAUAUUGAAGGAGCAAAGAUCUAUGCAGAAAAUGCGAUACGAAAGAAAAAUGAAGGAUUGAAUUACCUACGCAUGGCGUCCAGGGUGGACGCUGUCUCAUCCAGGGUCCAAUCAGCUAUGGCAAUGAAAGAAAUUACAAAGAAUAUGGGAAGUGUAGUGAAAGGACUUGAUAAAGCAAUGGCAUCCAUGGACCUACAAAAGGUGUCUCAAAUUAUGGAGAAGUUUGAAUCACAGUUCGAAGAUCUAGAUGUCCACACACAGGUCUUGGAAGGUUCUCUCGGUAAUGCAACAACUCUAAGCACGCCACAGGAUCAGGUUGAUCAGCUGAUAAAACAAGUGGCGGACGAGAACGGCUUGGACAUAAUCAGUGAUCUUGCAGAAGCACCUGAGGUUAGCGAUACAAUAGCAAGCUCUUCAAGAUCUAUGCAAGAAGAGGAUGUCCUGUCCAGGAGGUUAAGGGCACUCAGAGAAUGAAAAUGGCUCUCAAACAUUAGACAGAGCAGAAAGGUUAAGAUUAUCAGGCACACCAGGUGAAGGAGAAAAUGCACUUGUUUCCAAAUUCAGAUA